CCCUCUCUUGCCUAUAAAUAAUGCCACCUCUUCCCUUUCCGCACUUCUCUCCUAACGAAAAUAAUUCCCAACUAUUUUCAGUUCGUAGGGUUUCUUCGAUUCUCUCUGCAACACACACUGAUUCUGUGUAAACACAGUCAAAUCCCUACGCUAUACAGAGUCGUAUUCUCCCUACCGAAACGGAGGAAUGGACUCUUAUUCGCUGCAUCUCGCAAUGGCGGCACUCUUCGGAGCCUCCUUCGUCGCCGUCUCCGCCUACUAUAUGCACAGGAAAACCCUAAACCAGCUGCUGGAGUUCGCCAAGUCGAUAGAGAGGGAGAGAGACGACUUCGCGGCGGAGGACGGCGCCGCCGACGACGCUGCGGACCAGCUCAAGCGCUACCCCUCGCGGAGGCGCAGGAAGGCCAACGGCGGCUACAACCGCCGCGCCUCUGCGUCGUUGCCGGACGUGACGACGUUUUCCGGCGGCGCUGGUCAGGGGGAUGAGAAGAGGAACGGUCCGGUGUGUGUGGACUCUAUUCCAGCGGGGCUUCCGAGACUGCACACGCUUCCUGAAGGUCAUCUUAUUCGGCCUACUUCUCCUAAAUCACCCGUAGCUAGCGCAAGUGCAUUUGAAAGUGUAGAAGGCUCAGAUGAUGAAGAUUUAACUGAUGCUUCUAAGCUAGAUGCUACAUAUAUUCUUACUAAUGGAGAUGCGAAUCUACCUAGUGUUAAUGGGGAACAAAUGCCUGUGGCACCAAGUAUGAUUCGCUCACACAGUGUAUCUGGUGACUUACAUGGCGUUCAACCUGAUCCUGUAGCUGCUGAUAUCCUAAGGAAAGAGCCAGAGCAUGAGACUUUUGUGCGAUUGAGAAUCUCCCCCACUGAAAUACCAUCCGUUGACGAAAUGGAGGUCUACCGAGCAAUACAAGAUUGCCUUGAAUUGCGGAAAACUUAUAUUUUUAGAGAAGCUGUUGCUCCAUGGGAAAAAGAAGUUAUAUCUGAUCCUAGUACUCCAAAACCAAUAAAGAAUCCAUUUAAUUAUACUCUACAAGGAAAAUCUGAUCACUAUUUUCAGAUGGAAGAUGGAGUUGUCAAUGUCUAUGCCAAUAAAGAUUCAAAAGAGAACCUUUUUCCAGUAGCUGAUGCUACAACUUUUUUCACUGACCUGCACCACAUCCUUAAGGUCAUUGCAGCUGGGAAUAUCCGAACUCUAUGCCACCACAGGCUAGUUCUUCUAGAACAGAAAUUCAACCUUCAUCUGAUGCUUAAUGCGGACAGGGAGUUUUUAGCUCAAAAAAGUGCGCCACAUCGAGAUUUUUAUAACGUCAGGAAAGUUGACACCCACGUUCAUCACUCAGCUUGCAUGAACCAGAAACAUCUUUUAAGGUUCAUAAAAUCAAAGUUGAGAAAGGAACCAGAUGAGGUUGUUAUUUUUCGAGAUGGAACAUAUCUGACCUUGAAAGAGGUGUUUGAGAGUUUGGAUUUGACUGGGUAUGAUCUGAACGUUGACCUGCUGGAUGUUCACGCUGACAAAAGCACUUUCCACCGUUUUGACAAAUUUAAUUUGAAGUAUAAUCCCUGUGGUCAGAGUAGAUUGAGAGAGAUCUUUUUGAAGCAGGACAAUCUUAUUCAGGGCCGUUUCCUUGCUGAAUUGACUAUGCAAGUUUUUUCAGACCUGUCUGCAAGUAAAUAUCAGAUGGCUGAAUACCGAAUAUCAAUUUAUGGCAGAAAGAUGAGUGAGUGGGACCAGCUUGCAAGUUGGAUAGUUAAUAAUGACUUGUACAGUGAGAAUGUUGUGUGGCUGAUUCAGCUUCCAAGGCUCUAUAAUGUGUACAAGGAGAUGGGGAUUGUAACCUCAUUCCAGAACAUCCUUGAUAACAUCUUCCUGCCUUUAUUUGAGGUCACUGUUGAUCCAGACUCACACCCGCAGUUGCAUGUUUUCUUAAAGCAGGUUGUUGGGCUGGAUCUUGUGGAUGAUGAGAGCAAGCCUGAAAGGCGGCCUACUAAACACAUGCCCACACCAUCUCAGUGGACCAAUAUCUUUAAUCCUGCAUUUUCCUACUAUGCAUACUAUUGUUAUGCUAACCUAUACACUCUGAACAAGCUUCGUGAGUCCAAAGGCAUGACGACCAUUAAGUUUCGCCCCCACUCCGGAGAGGCUGGUGACAUAGACCAUCUUGCAGCAACAUUUCUCACAGCUCACAAUAUUGCACACGGAAUCAAUCUUAGAAAAUCACCUGUUCUUCAAUAUUUAUAUUAUCUAUCCCAGAUUGGUCUUGCUAUGUCUCCAUUGAGCAACAACUCUUUAUUCUUGGAUUACCACCGCAAUCCCUUCCCUAUGUUUUUCUUGAGGGGCCUCAAUGUAUCCCUCUCGACUGAUGAUCCGUUACAAAUUCACUUGACAAAAGAGCCGCUGGUGGAAGAAUACAGUAUAGCUGCUUCAGUGUGGAAAUUGAGUUCAUGUGAUUUAUGUGAGAUUGCUCGUAAUUCAGUGUAUCAAUCUGGUUUCUCUCAUGCCUUAAAGUCUCACUGGAUUGGCAAGGAAUACUUCAAGCGAGGACCAGAUGGCAACGACAUUCACAGGACUAAUGUACCUCAUAUUAGGCUCGAGUUUCGUGAAAUGAUAUGGAAAGAGGAAAUGCAACAGGUUUAUCUUGGGAAGGCAAACUUCCCCAAAUAUGUCUAUCCGUGACAUGCUUGGCUUGAGCAACGAACGCUCCGAGCAUCAACAAUUACUUGACCCUUGGUAUGGAUAACUAUAUUACUAGCCUACGUCUCAAGUCUGAUAGGGGGUCGUGAUUUUGCAAGAUCGUGGGCAAGAUGUUCAUAUAUGAGAAGUGGAUGAUACCACGGAAUUGAAGAGUAGAGCACCUGAAAUCCAAUCACACGAUUCAGAUGAGAAUCACAGCUGAAGAUAACAGUUUUUCAGUGGCAUGCAUACUUGGUGUAAUAUAUAGAGUUUUAUGGUGUGUAUUACUAAUCAGAUGGAGAUUCUUACAAAGAAGCUAGUGCUUAUGUAAGACUUUAUUACAUGUGAUACCUUAUAACUUGCCUAAUAAAAUGAAGGGAAGAACGUUGGGAUUA